AUGAGUGUGUGGAACGAGACGGAAGCACGACAACGAUACGAGGAAUCAAAGAAGAAGAGACUCAGUGGCCGUCCACAGGCCGACCGGAGCCAUACACUUUUCGACGCCCACGAUGAGGAAGAGAAAGUACGGAAGUCACUAGAACAAGCUGCGAUACCCAGGCGGCCGAGGCACAGCAGUGUGACUGACGGCUUUGAUGAUAUGGCCAUAUCACAAAAUCCUACUUUCGACGCAAAAGCUGCCACCACUGCUCUGCGUAGAGUUCGUUCUAUCCGAGGCCAGGCUAGACAAGAGUACGGCAAGGUCCACAGUGCUUUGGCUCCUUUCUACUACGAUCUAAUUCGCUCAGAAAACUCGGCCGAUCCAGCUGUCUUUCGUCUUGUUCAAGACCCCGAACAACAAGCGCGUAUCCUUGCCGACCUGAGAGUCUUUGCACGAAGUGACGGUGCCCAAAAGUGGCGCCAACGUCAAGACAAGCUCGAAUCUAUGCUCGGUAUCUUUGAAAAUGCCAGAAUCAACGACUUUGAACAAGCAUACCAAGCUCAGGACGUCGAUCGCAUGAGGCGCUAUGCUCAUGUCUUGGUCUCUCUCAAUGGAGGAGCCGCCGGUGUCGACAUCUUCAUAUCAAAUCACCCUUAUAUGCGCCGGAAGGACCAGGUCGGAAGUCCCUUGGAUUGUUUGCAAGACGUUGCUCCUGGACAUGUGGAUCUGAAUCCUUCACAGAAGUUUUUCGAGAAGCUGGCUUCCAUGUUGUCGAUGCAGUCGUCUCUCAUUGAUCAAAUCUUUCCGAACUCCAUCAACGUUCUCCUUCCGUUCACGACCCGGGUUUGCGAGGACAUAGUCUCGGACUAUAUCACGACAUUGUUUAUCGAAGCCCAUGAGAACAACGUAGAAACAUAUCUCAAGGCUGUAUCAGGGAUAUUUGAGCAAGCCAUGCGCUUUGCAGUUUCUAUUCAACCACCAAAAGCAUCCGGCACAGAUUUCCACGACCAGAUAAAAAAGGUCAUCUCACACAUCUUCGAGCCACAUGUGGAUCGCUACCUGACAGAAGAGCUUGAAUACUUUAUAUCCAAGUGCAAUGACGAAGUUGGUGCCUGGGAGAAGCAACUCUCGGACCAAGAGGCAGAGACUGAAUCUUUCUUCAUGUCUGGCGUUAACAGACAAGCAGCGAAGCGCGAUUUCUUGUCUUCUUUCAANAAAGUGGUCAUGAUGCCGGUUAAUGCCCUACCAACCUUCCCAUCUGCAAACAAGGCAACACCUGUAGUUGUGAAUCCUGGCGCAGAACAGACCUCGCGACCAGAGACACCAGAUUCACUAGCAACACCCAGACCGGCGCCGACAACAGAGCUGGCAGCCAAGACUGCCAUUAUGAACUCACGACUCGAGGGUAUCAAGUCCUUGUUCAGCAUAGAGGUAGCGUUGAGCUUGAUCCACCAUGCAAAAGCGUCGAUCGAGCGAGCCGCAAUUUUCAUCCGCAUGGGUGACAAAUAUGCCACGUUAACGAAGGAGCAGUGCGACAAGAUCUUCGUCAGUCUUUUGGAGAUUCUUGGUCGACGACACAUUCAAACCGGCUUUGACAAAGCAGUAGGUCAUUUGAGCAGCUACAANCCCCGCGCCGUCAAAGAGUUCCGCUCAGGACAGACAGAAAAAGAAGGAGCGACUGGUGGAGUUGAGCCACUAGUGACCUUCCUCGAACUUGUAAACGUCGGAGAUCUGAUUCAACAAAUGGUCGAUGUCUUUUACAUGCAAGAGCUAGUCACACCUGGCCUGACUGACCGUGAUGAUUUCUUGAACCCCGCCGUCAAGGAGAANAAACGCUUUGAACAGAUGCUAGACGAGCGUGUGGCAGCAGGCAUGGGCAAAGGCAUCGACGUCCUCAUGGAUGAAGUCGAAUACAUGUGUGCGACCCUCCAACUCACCUCCGACUUUAAUACUGAUGCUGUGGAUGCCAAAAACCUAACAGCAAUCGACAAGCGCGUCAGUAUUAUGGGGCUUGUCGACAUUGGGCCUACAGAAACGGCUAAUCGCGUGGUUGAUACCAUUCAACAGCACACAGGCAUGCUAGUCGGCAGCACAGAUAAGAAUAUGCUGGAUGUGUUCAAUCAAGAAGUCGGGCUGAGGUUAUUCGGUGUGCUGUGCAAACACAUAAAACGUCAACGCAUCAGUGCCGAUGGAGCGAUAAAACUGAUCAGGUAUGUUUUCCUCCUUCACUCUCCGAACUCUGUCAUCUCUAACACCUCACCNAGCGACAUCAACCUCUACAGUUCCUUCAUCACCUCUCUCCGCCAAAAAUCACUAUUACCUUACUACUCUGCCCUCCGCGAACUCUCUCAAAUCUACCUGGUCGACUGUGGCGGUGGCAAUGACAAGACAUCAACAUCCAUCUUCUCGACCUCUGCUUCUUCGACGACGCGAAUGGCGCGCUGUAAGGAACUGGCAACCAUCAUCGCGGACAACGAUAGAUAUCAUGGCAUCUUUCGCGCAGAAGAGGUUUAUGAGUUUGCAGAGAGGAGGGCAGAUUGGUAUGCCGUGAAGAGAGAUGUCGAGAGGGCCAUGUAUGGUAUAGGAUGUACGGUCAUGUAA